AUGCACUUCUCGAUUUUUUUGAGGCCACUUUUGCAAUUGAGAAUAGAGAAAUUCAGAGAUUUAUAAAAUUUGUUUUAAAUCCUAAAAACAAUUCUUUUCAAUUUUCCCUAAGGAAGUUAAGUUUAUUAUAUAUUUUAGCACAUAUGCAGAGUAAUGAUUUAAACAGUCUAUCUACAAAAUGUCAAAUUAUACAUUGUGAAUAAAUAACUCAUUACAAUCCUUAGAAUUUUUCAAUUUGA